GCAGACAGUAUCACACAUAGGCUUAGAUACAUAGCUCAGCAAACAGUAUCACACAUCAUAGGCUUAGAUACAUAGCUCAGCAGACAGUAUCACACAUUAAAGGAUUAGAUACACAUCUCAGCAGACAGUGUCACACAUAAUAGGAUUAGAUACAUAGCUCAGCAGACAGUAUCACACAUCAUAGGCUUAGAUACAUAGCUCAGCAGACAGUAUCACACAUGAUUGGAUUAGAUACACACAGCUCAGCAGACAGUAUCCUGCAUAAUGGAUUAGAUACACAGCUCAGCAGACAGUAUCCCGCAUAAUGGAUUAGAUACACAGCUCAGCAGACAGUAUCACACAUGAUAGGAUUAGAUACACAUCUCAGCAGACAGUAUCACACAUGAUAGGAUUAGAUACACAUCUCAGCAGGCAGUAUCACACAUGAUAGGAUUAGAUACACAGCUCAGCAGACAGUAUCACACUUGAUAGGAUUAGAUACACAAUCUCUAGAAUCUGCUGUAGAACAAAUCACUAAAAGCAAACAUUGUAACCAGAGGCGAUCCCUUCACUGUAGUACAUAGAAUGGCCACCAGGGGUGCAGCCCUAAGGACUCUGGGAAUUGUAGUUUUCCAGAUUAAUUGAACUAACCGGGAAGUAGACAGCUGUGGGGAAGCAGUGCAUGCUGGGUAGAAGCUUUGAUCCUGGGCUGUGCACUAGGCAUUGCAAUUAACCCUUGUAGUGCUGUGUACGGAGCAGCAGAGGUGACACAGAGCUCCGCAGCUUCCUGCUCACAUGUCACUCAGAUGUCACUCUGCAGCAUCACUGAACCCUGUGGGCAGGUUCCUGUUAGCUUUAUUGAUGUGGCAGUAUAUUUCUCAGAAGAAGAAUGGCGCCAUCUAGAGGAUUGGCAGAAAAACCUGUACAUGGAGGUGAUGCAGGAAAACCUGGAAAUCUUUCUGUCCUUGGAUGACCUCUUCCUGCCCUGUGAUAAGAUGAUAGAACAUUCCUCUACAUUCUCCUGUAAUUCAGUAAGAAGGAAGUUACAAGGAACCUAUGACCAAGUGCACACUCAAUACAAGACCUAUGGCCAGGGUGUCCUAGAAGAUCUACACCACAAGUGCUCCCAGUGUCACCAGGACUGUGCUAGCUGGUCCCUGCUUAUUGACCAUAAAAUAGACCAUCACAGACACAAACCACGACUCCGUCCUAAAGACGAGACCAUCUCAGAUACUCAGAACCCAAGACACAAUGAGUGGAGACCUCUCCAUACCCAUGACUACUUUUCUUUGAGGGAUCUGAUCCAAGCAACAUGCACGAUACGGGCCCAAGAUGAUGAACAAACAUAUAAAGUUCAGCAAGAGCCAAGAAAGUGUCACAAAGUGCGGUCUAAUUCUGAAAGUAAAAAAUGUCCUACCAGGAUUCAGGAUUCAGAAAUGGUGGAGAGUUUAGGUAAAUGCCGGCAUUGUUCCAAAGUCUUCACUGACUGCGGCCUCCUGGCUGAACAUGAAAGAUCACACAAGGAAAACAAGACCUUCACGUGUCCUGACUGUGGGAAAACCUUCAUAAGGAAAUCCAUACUGAAGCUUCACCGGAGGACGCACACCGGAGAGCGGCCGUUCGCCUGCACCGAAUGUGGGAAACGUUUCAGCCAGAGAUUCAACCUGGUAAUCCAUCAGCGGAUUCACACCGGGGAGAAGCCGUAUAGAUGUCCUACAUGUGAUAAAAGCUACCGCUAUAAACCAGCACUUGUCAGACAUGAGAAAGAAGGAAAAUGUACAAAAAGUGUCUCAAAAACACAAGUGGUGGAGAAUAAGCCCCCCGGAUGUCUUUCUUCCCCUCCAGAUAAAAAACUCCCUGUGGAAAUACCACAAGAUCCUCCAUGUUCUUCUUCCCAUCACUCCUCAUCCUCAUAUAACGCUUUACAUGAUACAGUAGAAUCCAAACUUAAUCUACCAAAGCUCAGACCAUUGUCAUCCACAAGGACUAUGAAUCGUGAUUUACACAUCGUUAAAGAACCAUCAGUGACCCCUUCUUUUAUACAUCCUAGAGCCCGCAGUAAACGUCCCAAAACAUCUACGUCGAUCACGUCUAAUGACCUGAAAAUUACAUCUCCCUCAACCGUGACCUAUGCUCAAUCAAGUAUAAAGACUGUGUCGGCUGCAACCCCCUCAGUGUGUCCUCUAUCUGGUAUUAAACCUCCUUCAACCUCCUCCGCCUACAGUCUUUCAAGUAGAAGACAUCCCUCAGCGUCCUCCAUCUCUUAUUCAUUGAAUCCGAAUGUUCCACUAGCCUCACCUCAACCCAUGCCAACAAUCAUGCCUACUACCAUGAGUUAUUCUAUUAAUACUAAACCUCAAUUGGCCUCAUCUUGUGACAUCAGUCUUUCAAUAGAUACUAAACCUCCAUCAGCCUUAACUCCCUCCAUCAAUCAUUCAUUGGGUACUACACCUCCAUCGGCCCCAACUUCCUCCAUCAGUCAUUCAACGGGUACUAGGCCUCCAUCAGCCCCAGCUUCCUCCAUCAGGCAUUCAAUUGAUAAGGUUCCUUUGGCCCCAACCUCCCCCAUCAGUCAUUCAUUGGGUACUACACCACCAUCAGCCUCAUCCUUCUCUAUCAUCCAUUCAAUCGAUACCAAGCUACCAUUUGUCUCAACUUCCUCCAUCAGACAUUCAGUGGACACUAAGCCUCCAUCAGCCCCAACAUCCUCCAUAAAGCAUUCAUUGGAUACUAAGCCUCCAUCAGCAGCAACGUGCUCCAUAAGGCAUUCAUUAGAUACUAAGCCUCAAUCAGCCCCAACGUCCUUCAUAAGGCAUUCAUUAGAUACUAAGCCUCCAUCAGCCCCAACGUCCUCUAGAAGGCAUUCAUUAGAUACUAAGCCUCCAUCAGCCCCAACGUCCUCCAUAAAGCAUUCAAUAGAUACUAAGCCUCCAUCAGCCCCAAUGUCCUCUAGAAGGCAUUCAUUAGAUACUAAGCCUCCAUCAGCCCCAAUGUCCUCCAUAAAGCAUUCAAUAGAUACUAAGCCUCCAUCAGCUCCAACUUCCUCCAUAAGGCAUUCAUUAGAUUCGAAGCCUCCCUCGGCCCCAAUGUCCUCCAUAAAGCAUUCAUUAGAUACUAAGCCUCCAUCAGCCUCUUCCUCCUCGGCUCACUCAUUGUAUUUUAAGUCUCCAUAUACCUCCUCAGUUCCUAUAUGUUCACCUUCAGCUAAGAAACUAUCCUUAGCCUCAAGCUCUUCAAGAUCUCAUGCAGCGGCUGUAAAGCAUCUCUCAUCCACAUCGACCUACACCACUUUCCAAUUGAGUAGAAACUCUCCAUUAACUCCCCCCAGCUCUAGUCAAGAACUGGAUUUAAAAAAUCCCUCCAUGUUGUCCUCUGGUAGGUAUCAUUCAUCAGGUGUAAGACGUCAUUCAACAUCCAUGAGCUCAUGUUCUCCAGCCUCCUUUACAAAACAUGGAUCUUUCAACUAUGACACAUCUGGUGAGAAAUACUAUCCCACCAGUCAUCCUUCUUCUGUAAAGGAGCCUCCAAAUAAAUCUUCAUUGCUAUCAUUGCCAACUUCUCAUCUGCCAUGUACUAAACCUUCACCCACCUCCAUUAUUCAAUUGACUUCUUCUUCUCCAGCCCCAUCACAUGCCAGUUCACACUGUUCGGCUGAGAAGCCAUUUACGUGUGUUCAAUGCAAAAAAACCUUUGCUCACCUAAAUCAACUGACAGAACAUCAGAAGUCCCACAUUGGCUCCCGAAAUACUUGCCCAGAAUGCAAUAAGAGUUUCAUUAGGAAAUCCACCCUCAUCCUCCACAAAAGGAUUCACACCGGAGAGAGACCAUUCGCCUGCACCGAAUGCGGCAGAAGGUUCAGCCAAAGGUUCAACCUUGUGGUGCAUCAACGUAUACAUACAGGAGAGAAUCCAUACGUGUGCACGGAAUGUCAUAAGUCCUUCCGCUACCGAACAGGUCUUCUCCGUCAUCAGAGGCAUGGACCAUGUGCGAAAAAAACACAGACUGAAAACUCUCCUAUGUCUAUCCCAAACCCUGCAAGUCAUAGGUCUUUGAGGCCUCCAUCGGCCCCUCAAAAAUCCCAUACAGUCAGUAGCUCAGAUCAUCCAGAUCUAAUGAAAAACUUGAAAAGAGAACUACCACUGGAGCGUUGGCAAGGUGUCCAAAGUAAGACACCAUUGGAAGGACAUCUCAAGUCUAAACAAGGUCUGUUUUCAAUCUUUGGAAACCGGGCCGGUAAAAGGUCAACUCGCUCCACAUCCCAUAAAGUUAAUAUUAGCAUGAAGCCUUCAGAAACCGAUAAACCAUUUAAUGGCACCAACACGCUUCAUCCUUCUCUCCGAGCUUCUGUUAAACCCACCAUCAUUUCUCACAAUAUGGUCUCAUCCAAGAACCACCCAGUUGUCAACCAAAUUCAUGAGAGAGAACCUAAGUCUGUGCUGGUUAAAUGGACAGAAAUCGAGAAAACCGACCAGAAGUCCUCCACUUAUGUUACUCAGACAUCUCGAGAAGUUCAAGAACCGGACGUUUCUAGAAGCUUGAGAACAGACAAAAAACUGUAUAAAUGUGACCACUGUAAGAAGUGUUUCUCCCAGCUCAAUGACUAUGAGGAACACCAGACUGUACACGCCAACAGUCAGCACCGGUGCCCCAUGUGCGGCAAAGUCUUCAGCAAGGCUUCUCAACUCGUAGUUCAUCAGCGGACACAUACGGGGGAGAAGCCGUACUCCUGCGGGAAAUGCAACAAGCAGUUCAGUCAGAAGUUUAAUCUGGUCGUCCAUCAACGGAUCCACACGGGGGAGAAGCCAUUUACAUGUACGGAGUGUGACAAGACCUUCCGCUACCAGACCGGUCUUCUCAAACACCAAAAAUAUGGCCUGUGUUCAUGAUGGGAACAAAGAUCAUAUACCGGAACCAAAUUAUGGGUCUUUCUAUGGGGAGAAGGUUCCACCAACUCAGGGAUAUCAGACAUUUUACUACUUGUUGUAAUUCUGUUAAUUAAAGGGUGUUCUUUGUU